AUGACCCAGAAAUGUGGAGGGCGCGUCCUUACCGAGGAGGAGGUUCACUGGAAUGUUUUGAGAGCUCUUGACCUGGAAGAGAAGAAGGACCUGAGACGCCUCGGCAAGGAAUACGAAGAGCGCAAGGUCGACGCAGUGGAUAACAUCUGUGGCGAGAAUGGCGUGCCGGUUCCUGAAAUGGACGCAAUCGUCCUGAAGAACAAGACCAGCGCCACCAAUUCGCUCUCCCAGACAGAGUGGCUGUCCAUGGAGGCAGCGAUGCCUGCGGAAGAGCGGCAGACGCAUCGCAACCUCCAGAUUUUCUUCAUGGAGCGGGCGAAAGCCGCCGGCGUCAAGGAGAAAGAGGAGGAAGAGGAGGAUGACGAUGAUCCCGAGAUGCUCGCUCUCAUCGAGAACGGCGGCGAUGCUCCGGAAGGAGGCGAUGCCGCAGAGAGCGACGACGAGGAUCCGCGUGACACGGCGCGGAAGAAGCAGGAGGAGGAGGACAAGGAGGCGGUAGGGACCGUCGAGAAGCAGAAGAACUGGAGUUCUGUGAACUUGGCCUUUCAGGAGUCCAAGUUGAACUACCGGGGUAGCUUCUCCGCUUUGUCCUUCACCAACUGGCUGUGGUACAGGGUCGUCCGACCGAAGUUGGAAGAGACCAAGUCAAAGAUGGUGGAGCUCAGCGACGAGGAGCUCGAGAAGUACGGCAUUCCGGAUGUCGAGGAAGUCCUCGGCGAGUUCAUGCCGGCUGUUAAGAAGAAGGAGGAGGAAAAAGACAAGAAAGAUAAGAAAGACAAGAAGGACGACAAGGACAAGAAGGACAAAAAGGACAAGAAAGAGGAGGAUGACAAGAAGGAUAAGAAGGACAAGAAAGACGCCAAAGAUAAGAAAAAGAAGAAAGAUGCGGUGCAGCUCAACCAGAAAGAGAAGCUGCAGGUGCAAAACCUGAUCAAGAACAUGAUCUACGGAGAGUCCGGCAAGAACAAGACAAUCACAACCGGAUGGGUGAACCUGGUGGAUGAGAAAGACAUUCCCAGGUUGACUCCCUGGGAGUUCCAGCUGGCGCACAUCAUGCGAACAUCCAUGGCACUAGAGUACAGCGCCAAGAAGAAGAAGGAGGUUCCCGACCUCAAUCUCUACUACGAGAUGUGCCAGUCCUUGGCCGAUGCCAUCGGCCUCAUCAAGAAGCAGUACUCCUUCGAGUUCCCACAGAACUCCCUGGAGGAUGUCUUGCCGCUGCAGGACGCCCUGGCCCUGCAGACUCGCUUCCGCGAGGGCUCUGUUGCAGGGGCCAAGUUCGAUCUCCUUUGGUACCUCCAGAAUGGCGCCCACCUGCUGGCUGGCAGUGGCUUCGCCAAGAAGCACCGCACCACGGUCUUCAAGCCGUUCAAGAUCCAGGAGCUGAUGAUCGAUGCCAUCCUCCAGCCAGGACCGCAGCUGGUCUUCGGCAUCGCACCGCCUGGCACGGGCAAGACCGCCGUGGUGUCUCACAUUCUGAGCUUUGGGCAUAUCAUUUUGUGCGGUUCAGGAACCUUUUUCCUGUCCAUACGCUGCUUGGCUAUCAUGUGGAUGCCGGCCAUUGAGGAGCCCCCGACAGACAUCUCCAUGGCGAUCACUCUGAAAGGCAGCGUCAUCACCGAAGCAAUCUUGCACGGAUACAAGGACGUCGAGAACCGAUCCGUCCAUCUGCCUCUGGGGUGGAUCGCUCUGCACACGGGGAAGGGGAAGUGCGACCUCCGACUGGACGCCAUCAUGCGCAAGCUGGCAGAAAAGCCGUUGCCGUCGGAUUCCGAGUGCCCGAAGGGCUACGUCGUUGGAGCUGCUUUUGUCGAGAGAUCGGUGCGCUUUCCCGAGCUGCGGGCGGAAAUGGAGUGCUCCCAGGACUGCGACAGCCCCGCUGGCGAUGUGCAGCACGUCGACGGCUGCACAUUUAGCCCGCACGCCGGCGGCCCCAUUUGCAACAUCCUGUCGGCUUCGUUGCGGCUCAAGACUCCCGUGCCCUGCCCCGGGGAGAUGGGCUGCUGGCGUCUGCCUGAAGCCGUUCGCGAGAAAGUGGUGGCGCAGCUUGACGCCGAGGACGUCAUGAUUUUCCGCAAGGCGGAGGCAGAGCGACUGCCCCGGCCUUUUCCACCGACCUGGGCGCCCGCACUCCGGCGCGAGGAGGUGCGCUGGAACCGAGACAUGCUUCCAGAGCGCGGGGCGGCGGCCGCUCUUCGUAAGAAAACGCCAGAAAGCGGGAAGAACGCCGCCCCGGGGGCCCCUGCAGGGGUCCCGGCGGUGACGCUGUCGCGCUUCUUUCGGCCAAAGGCCAAGCCGGGGGAGGCCCCGGCGCCGGAGGCGCCGGAAGUCGCCGAGGCCGCCAGGAGCGCCAGCGCUCCGGACGCGCCGUCCUUCGACCCAGGUGCCCGGGAUGUGAUUGACGUCAUGGACGUAAUCGACUCGGACGAUGACCCAGAGAUUGAGCUGAUAUCCUCGGAGACAAAAGCGCGAGAUUUCGAUGGGCUUGUCUUCUGCUGCCCGGCUCUGCCCGUGGUGCUCAGCGUGGGCCGCAUCUCCAACACUCUGGGGAUUCCCUACGCCUUCUGCAAGGGCCGAAGGAUCACCCCGAGCUACUCCUGCGGCCGCGGCCUGGGCACGCACGUGGACAUGCCGGCGGAGCCCAACAAGCCGGCCCAGUCUGCUGUGGAGUGCCUCAGAUACAUGGUCGUGAAGCUGAAUCUCGAGCGAAAGAAGAAGCGGCUAGCAGAGAAGAAGAGGAAGCGCAAUCUGCAUGACCUGAAGCGCUUCCCGCGCAUCUUCCUCAUGUGCGACUCCGCCAGCGCCUCCUGGGUUCUAAGGCAGCUCGACCCGAACAGGACCAUCUUGGUGGUCGACGAGCCGCCCAUGGGUAGCGACGUGUACCCAGAGAACCCCGAGGACAACCCACUGGCCUGCGCAAUGAUGCAAGCCAUGAUGACGCCCAUGUACAAAACCAUCCUCAUGUCGGCGACGCUGCCGAGACCGUCAGCUUUGCCGACGCUAGUGAACUCUUUCUUAGAUCGCUUCCACAUCAAGCCGGAAGAGCGGGACCUGCACGUCAGGGAGUGCAUGAGCACGGAGCUCGACCGCGGUGCUGUGAUGUGCGGUCCUUCGGGCGCUGUGGCCUUCCCCCACCAGAGCGUCUCCGGCUUCUCGGAGUUGAAGAAGCUUUGCCUCAGGCUACCUGCAGACCCGCUGGUGCUCAAAGCCUAUACAGAACGAGCGCUGGUGGGAGUGCCCAGAUGGUUUCGGGGUCGGAGCUUUUGUUCGGAUCCGAGGGUUGAGUGCUUUAAAGUUUAG